AUGGAGAAACCAUUCUUCUUUCUUUUCCUUGUCAUGUACAUUUUGACUUUGAUUGGCAAUGCUUUAGUCAUCCUUGUGAUCCAGAUAGACCAACGUUUACAUACACCAAUGUAUUACUUUCUCAAGAACCUCUCCUGGUUGGAAAUCAUCAUCACCACAACAGUCACACCCAAGAUGCUCAACCUGCUCAUCUCAAAGGAAAAUACUAUUGCAUUCUUUGCGUGUGCUUUGCAAGGAUAUAUCUACUUUGUUGCAGGUUCCACUGAAGUCCUCAUUUUGGCUACCAUGUCAGUGGAUCGCUACAUGGCCAUCUGCCACCCUUUGAGGUACAAAGCUAUCAUGAGCAGUAGGGUCUGCCUGCUGAUGGUUCUGUCUUGUUGGCUGUGCAGCUUCUUUUCCAUUUCAGCCUCCAUGCUACUAAAGGCAAGGCUGCCUUUUUGUGGUUCCAAUGUAAUUGAUCCCUUUUUCUGUGACAGCGGCCCUCUUCUGGAAAUGAUAUGUGCUGACACCCACUUCCUUCAUGCCUUAGACUUGGCAGUUUCCUGCUUCAUGCUUCUCAGCUCUGUAUCUGUGACAACUGUCUCCUAUAUCUGUAUCAUUAGCACUGUGAUUAAGAUGCCCUCCAACAAAGGCCAAAGCAAAGCAUUUGGUACAUGCACCUUUCACAUCACAGUGGCAUCACUUUAUCAUGGCAGCUCCAUCUUCAUCUACAUCAAGCCAGUGGGCAGCUCUUCAAUGGAAUUCAACAAGACUGCCACAGUGUUCAACACUGUGGUGACUCCAUUGCUCAACCCCAUCAUUUACAGCUUCAGAAACAAGACAGUGAAGGAGGUACUGAGGGACACACUGGAAACAGUGCAGAGAUGUUUGCAAGACAAGUGCUAA